AUGGUUAUAAGGUCUAUCCCGAAAAUCCCGGAAAAUGUUGGUAACGCCGAUAAUGAUUACUCAAUGCGUCGUAGCAUGGGUGAAUGGAAACUCGGGGAUGGGUUGCGUCGAUUGAGCGACCCGAAUAUGCUGCUGCUUCGUGGUGUAGCAAUUUUGCACCUGACCCUUACAAUUAAGACUGCCUCCAAUUCAUGUCCACAUCUAUGCUCAUGUUCUCAGGAGACAGUCGUUUGUACCGGACAAGGUCUUCUUAGGAUACCAUCCAGGAUACCACCAAACACCGUGCGACUACAAUUGAUGGAUAAUCAGAUUCACAUGAUCGAAAGUGACGCCUUCGGUGAUUUAAUAGCACUGGAGAGGCUGUGA